UUAUUUUUAUUCGGUUUUAGUGCUUGUUGGUAUUUACGCGGUGCUGUAUAUUUUCUUAAAAAAAAUUGCCGAAUCAUAAUGGAAAAUUAGUCGAAAAAUCCAAGAUGCAGUCCGACGUCGAAAUUGUGAUUAGCGGCGUCUCGGGGAGGUUUCCUUAUUGCAAAGACUUCGAGGAAUUUAGGGACGUGUUGCUCGAUGGAAUCGAAUUGCCUAGGGAAGAGGACACGAGGCAUCCAAGAGGAAUAUGGGGCUUACCGACCAGAGUAGCCACCAUGAACGACGUCGACAAAUUCGACGCCUCCUUCUUCAACAUGCACCCCAAACUAGCCGAAUGCACGGACCCCAAGCAGCGGAUCCUCCUCGAAACCGUCUUCGAAGCCAUCGUAGAUUCCGGCUACAACCCGAGCGAGCUCAGAGGCUCGAACACCGGCGUCUACCUCGGCAUUUCCUCGCCCACCCACGUCGAUUCCUACCACAAGAAAGACACCGGCGGCUACACGAACCUGGGCUACCCGCUGGGGAUGACGGCCAACCGGAUCUCCUACAACUUCGACCUCAGAGGGCCCAGCCUGUCGUUGGACACGGCCUGCUCGAGCGGCCUCUACGCCCUGGUGGUGGCUGUUAACCAGAUGAAGGCCGGACUGGUGGACAACGCGGUGGUCUGCGCUGCGAAUUACAUCUGCCACCCGCACGAGAGCUUGGAGUUCAACCGGCUGAACAUGCUGUCGCCUGUGGGUGAAUGCAAGGUGUUUUCGAUCGAGAGGGACGGGUACGCGCGGUCCGAGGCGAUCGUGGUGUACCUGCUGCAGAAGCGACGGGACUGCAGGCGGCUGUACGCCACGAUUUUGGGCGCCAAGUACAAUUCCGACGGGUUCAAGAAGGAGGGCGUCACGUUUCCGUCGAGCGAGGCGCAGUUCGGCUUGAUGAGGGAGGUUUACAUCGAAGCCGACGUGGAUCCUAACGAGGUUGUGUUCGUCGAGGCGCACGGAACAGGAACUAAAGUGGGGGAUAUACAGGAAUGCGAGGCGCUGACGAGGUUGUUUUGUUCGAAGAGAGAAGCGCCUCUCCCGAUCGGCGCUGUGAAAUCUAACAUGGGUCACUCGGAAAUUUCCUCGGGAUUGUGCUCCUUGGCUAAGGUGGUGAUAGCUAUGGAGACGGGCGUAAUUCCAGCGAAUAUACACUUGGAUAAACUCGAUUUAACGUUGCCUGGAAUAUGCGACAAUAAACUUCAGGUCGUCGGUAAAAACAUGAAGCUGGAAAAAGGACCCAUUGGAAUGAAUUGUUUCGGUUUCGGCGGAGCCAAUACUCACGUUAUACUAACAUCGAAUGCGAAGGAGAAAACCAACAAUUACAAACGUCCAAAUUACAGAUUAGUACAAGCUUCCGGAAGAACCGAGGAAGGUCUCAAGCGCGUUUUCGCGUCUAUACAAUCCAACCGAGUCGAUCAAGAAUUCCUAGCUCUGAUCGAUGAAAUACACAAAACGAACAUCGCGGGCUACAAAUACAGAGGUUAUACAGUACUAGGCGAGGGGCCAGUAGCUCACACAACCAAGUACGCCGGCAAGCGACCCGUUUGGUUCGUUUACGGCGGAUUGGGGGCCCAAUGGAACGGCAUGGGUAGAGACUUGCUGAACAUCGAAGUGUUCCAGAAAUCCAUAAAACGCUGCGCCGCUGCUUUAAAAACUUAUGAGAUAGAUUUACUGCAAAUCCUCACCAGCGAUGAUCCAACAAUUUUCGACGAUAUAACCAACUGUAUAUGCGCCAUUGUCGCGCUAGAAAUCGCCUUUACAGAUUUGUUGCAAUCGCUUGGUGUGGUUGCAGAUGGUGUAGUUGGUCAUUCGAUUGGAGAAAUUGGCGAGAGAAAAAUUAGUGAUCCUGUCGUAUUAUUUACAGGAUGUGCUUACGCAGACGGGUCAGUAACAGCCGAGCAAGCCAUACUCCUGGCAUAUACCAUGGGUCACGUCUCAAAAACCACCGAAAUGGUUCGCGGGCAAAUGGCCUGUAUAAAUUUACCGCAGGAGAAACUGCUGGCCGUUCUUCCCGAAGAUGUAUACAUAGCGUGCAGGAAUUCGAAAACUAACUGCACCAUUUGCGGUCCAAGCGACGAGGUGAUGAAACUCGUCAACCAGUUGCACUCGCGAGGGGUUCACGCCAAGCUAAUCAAUUCCUGCGGAGUGGCUUACCACACUAAGUAUGUGACGGAAGCGGGGAAGCGUUUGUUGGGCUUCUGCGGGGAUAUCUUGAACGCCCCCAAACCGAGAUCGAGCAAAUGGGUAUCCAGCUCCGUCCAAUCGAAGGAAACCCCGCAAUGGGCGAAGCUCAGCUGUCCAGAAUACUUCCAAAACAUCAUGUGCAAUUGUGUGGUAUUUGAUCAAGCAUACCAACAAGUGCCAAAAGACGCUAUAAUCGUUGAUAUGGCUCCGCAUGGGUUGUUGCAAAACGUUCUAGAAAAACAGCAAAUCCACGUUGCUCUUGUUGAUAAAAUGAGCGAGAACAACGAGAGGUUCUUCUUAAACGCUAUUGGAAAGAUUUACAUAUCUGGAGGACAACCUAACCUGAGAAGCUUAUACCCAGAAGUCUCCUUUCCCGUUUCGCGUGGAACUAAAAUGAUAUCGCCAUUGAUCGAUUGGGAUCAUAGAAAAUCCUGGUGUUGUGCAAGUUUCAAAAACCGGGAUUCCUUUGGAAGGGAAGUGACUAUUAAUCUGAAGGAUAAGAAAUACUCCUACUUGGAAGGUCACAUUGUAGAUGGAAAAGUUCAGAUGCCUUUCGCUGGAUAUUUGGAAUUAGUCUGGCGAAUGGUGGCCGAUUUCAAUUUGAAGAACAUCGAGGAAUACCCAGUUGUAUUUAAGAACGUGGAAUUAAAACAACCAGCGUGUCUCCACUGCGAUAAAGAGGUUAGUUUUCUGGUGAACGUGAUGUCCCAAUCUGGUGGAUUCGAAAUAUUCCACAACGGAUCACUGGCUUGCUCAGGAAUUAUCCAAUCCGCGAAAAAAGUGGAAUUCGCUCACACAGAAGCCCAAAAACCUGCGAAUCCCGUCAUGAAACGGGAAGACGUUUACAAGGAAUUUCACAUGAGGCAGCGGGAUUACGAAGGCUCUUUUCAAGGUGUUUCUGAGUAUGAUGUGAGUGAUUUCCGCGGAACCAUCGAAUGGAAGAAGAACUUCACCAGUUUCAUUGAUGCCAUGUUUCAAGUUGCUCUGCUUUCGGAUACUUCUAGAGAUUUAGUGGAACCCAGCUUCAUUCUGAAGUUAGUGAUUGAUCCUCUUAAGCAUUUGGACUUAGUGAAGAAGAUACAAGCUAUACCAGUGUCGUACGAUGGGGAGCUGAACGUGGUGAAAUCCGGUGGAGUAGAGAUAGAGGGAAUUGAAUGUAGAAGAGUAGAACGACAAGGGAAUGUUCAACCACCACCAGUACUGGAAUCUUAUGAAUUUGUUCCUUACGAAGCGCCGAAUAAUUUACACGAUUCCGAUACUUCUUUAAGAAUUGCUGCUGCUGUUGUUACUGAGAAUGUGAAAUCGCGAGAUGGAGUAAAAAUAUGCGAAAUCGAUGGACAGGCAACAAUGCAAAAAAUUAAAUCAAUUCUGGACGCGCAAUCGAUUAUAUCAGCAGAUUAUUCAUCUCGAAGUGCAAAAGACACGGACGAUUCGGAAUACGAUUUGAUAAUAGCCGAUGGAAACGUUGAUUUAAAGAAAAUUGUCCCGAAAUUAAAAGAAACCGGUUUCAUGUUAUUAACAGGUGACCACAAAACCGACAAAACCAAUCUAGAAGUCAUAUACGAUGGAGCAGAUGGAAAAAUCCGUUUACUCAGACGGAGAUUCGAGCUGCCCAAAAACUACGACAUCAUCCACAUAAAUUCUCAAAACUCCGAUUGGAUAGAAGAUUUAAAAAGGAUCAUCCACCACCCAAAGUCCGGGACAAUUUAUUUGCUAAACGACAACCAGGACAUUUCCAUCAUCCCGGGCCUAACUAAAUGCCUUCAGUUAGAAGCCAAAACCAAAUUGAACAUCAAAGCGAUUUGCUUAGACCAUAAGAGCCCGAAAUUCUCCACCAGCUGCAAAUUUUACAAGGACCAGCUGGAGAAGAAUUUGACUAUAAACGUCUACAAGAACAACAACUGGGGAACUUACGUGCAUUUACCGCUGAAAGAAAUGGAAAGCAAACACUCAGAAAAUGCCGCCGUUCAAAUCACCACACCUGGAGAUCUAUCAACACUAGUUUGGAUAGAAAGGCCUUUCAAAGGCUUAAGAACCAACAACACUGAUGAUCUCGUUUAUGUGCAUUACUCUGCCUUGAAUUCCACGCACGUGAGCCUAGCCAGCGGUAGGCUUACGGGGGAGACCAAGGCAGCCUUGGGGAUGGAGUUCUCAGGCAUAACGGUUCACGGGAAAAGGAUAAUGGGACUCACUUCGAGCGAGUCCUUAGCUUUACAAACCAACUACAACAGGCAACUAGCUUGGGAGGUUCCCAAGGAUUGGAGUUUAAGGGAUGCAGCGACUGUUCCAUACGCAUAUUCUACUUGUUACUACGGACUAAUAAUUAAAGGCCAAUUGCAACCAGGCGAGUCUAUUUUAAUCCACGCAGCCGCUGGAGGAGUAGGAAUAGCAGCAAUUAACAUUGCACAGUCCAUGGGCUGUCGAAUAUUCAUCACCGUAGGUUCGAAGGAAAAACGAGAUUUUCUGAAGAACUUAUUCCCACAAUUGAAUGACAAUUGCAUCGGUAAUUCGAGGGACACGUCCUUCGAGGCAAUGAUCAAGCUGUGGACGAAAGGCCGGGGAGUGGACAUGGUGGUGAAUUCUUUAAAGGGUCCCUUGUUCGAAGCGUCGAUGAGAUGCUUGGCGGAGAACGGAAGAUUCGUCGAGCUGGGACAAAUGGAUCGUUCGACGAUACCCUCGAAGAUGUUCCUCAGGAACAUCGGCUUCCAAGGGGUGCAAAUCGACCAGGUGCUUCGACGCGACGGAGAUAUUAAAAAGGAGAUUCAUAAUUUGCUGAGUGAAGGUAUAGCUAAAAAUGUUGUCAAACCUUUGCCCAACGAGGUUUAUGAUGCAAACGAAAUAGAAACCGCCUUUAGAUUGGCGGCAUCCGGGAAGCACAAAGGUAAAAUUCUGAUCGAGUUAAGAAAAGAAAAUUCAACGACUUCCAAGUCUCUGAAGCAUUCGAUAAAAGCUAGACCGAAGCUAUUAUUCGACGCAGGGAAAACGUACGUAGUAGUCGAAGAUUCGGACACAUUAGGACUAGAACUGACUGAUUGGUUACUGAGAAACGGAGCCAAAAAAGUCGUGCUCAACUCUAAAUCUACCGUUAACAAAGGCUACCAAUGUUAUUGCUUUCGGAAAUGGUCUGAAUACAAAAACUGCGUAGUCAAAAUCGAUAAUAACGACACAACUACGAUGAAAGGAGCUGAAUCCUUAAUCAAAUCAGCCAAUCAAUUAGGUCCUGUAGGAGGAAUAUUCAACGUUAGUUCAAUGACCAGAAACAUCUCUCUAUCAAACCAAACCAAAGCCGGUUUUGAAGAAGAAGUUACGAGAAGAUUAGCGUCCGGAAGCAACUUGGACGCGGCUAGUCGGAAACUGUGCAAGGACAUCGACUAUUUCGUCGUAUUUUCCUCAAUAGCGUCUGGAAGAGGUGCAGCAGGUCAUUCGAAUUCUGGCAUGGCCAAUUCCGCUUUGGAACAAAUCUGCGAGAAACGCAGAACAGACAACCUACCGGCAUUGGCCGUGCAAUUCGGGCCUAUAGAUGGUGAAAGAAAUGUGAUUUUGGACAAUGAAAAGCCACAAACGAUAGAAUCCUGUUGGAGAGUAUUGGAAACCUUCAUGAAUCAAGAUUCUCAUGUAAUUGUUGCUUCCACUGUUUUCCAAGAUGCUGCUUCGAGGAGACAGCGGUUGUUAAAAGAUACUCCUCUGGAAGCCGUGACAAGGAUUAUUGGAGUAGAUGAUUUAGAUUUGGUGGAUACAACCAUAACGCUGGCAGAAAUUGGAGUUGAUGAUUUAUUGUUGGCGAAAAUUCAAAGCGAAUUACUCGCAGAAUUUAGCAUUGAUUUGAAAUUUGAUGAUUUAUUAAAUCUCACUUUAGAUUCAUUUAAAGUCAUGGAAAACCAAAAGGCUAUUUAAUUUAGAGAAAAAUCCGCAGAGCAGUUUAUUACUAUUAUUGUACAAAUGAAAUAUAAAGUAAGUAUAAAAUGUAAUUAGCUCUGUAUGGUAAAUUAUUUAUACCCCUUCGUUACUGCUCUAUAAUAAAUGUGUUUCCUAAUAAUUUAUGGAUUACCCAAAUUUCAUCUAAAGCUCUCGCUUUAGUAAUUACACGAAAGUAAUUAUUAAUUUAGGAUGAUUCAAUAAAUCUCAGUACAGAUUUAAUUAAAGCUAUGGUAUUCCCA